CGGUGCUGAGGCGCACCGACAGGAGGACUCAUGCGCUGCAAUUCCCCGGACUAGCUCCCCAGCCUGCCCCACUACUCUGCCGAAGAAUCCCCACUGCCCGCAGCCGCCAGCUUCACAAAGUGUGCUGCAUGCCGAUUUUACAUGCAGGCCAAAUGUCCAUUUGGCCUCAGAAAUACAUCAAACCUCCCAUCAGUCUGGGCAGCAGCGAGGCAAUCAGUGAGAAACCUAUCGACACGACAACCCUACACAUGCUGCAGGAUUUCAUCAGGAGGGUCGUGUCUUAGAAGGUUUUCAUCUGGACUUCAACAGGAAAUGCUGGAGCAACACCUAGUCCUUCGCAAAUCACAAGAUUAAUAAUACCAACAGCACAGGAACCACUUAAUUGUUUGCAGGUCGUAAUGAAGCCCAACAGCAUAAUGUAGUUCCUAUUGACUCCUUGACUCCCCCUUUAAAACAGUCACUUGGCUGAUUUCUCUGGCUGAUUUGGGCCAUGGAUAAAAUGGAGAAAGCUGGUGACAACUUAAAUUUGUCCUUUCUGUUGGAACAUGAAAGGGAAAUGAUCCUGAAAGUGCUGCAGAAAGAUGAGAAGCUGAGGAAACGUGAAGAAAAAAGGAUACGAAAGUUGAAAAAUGACCUGCUGGAGAUCAAGCGAAAAGGUUCCCGUCCACCGCAGGACUCCGAGGAGAGGCAGUGUGCUCGCUGCCUCAAGACGUUAGGCCUGAUUUUUGACCGUGGUGACCUCUGCGAGGAGUGCCAGCUGCGCAUUUGCAGCGAAUGUCGCGCAUCGGCCGCCGGCUCACGCAAAUGGAAGUGCAACGUCUGUGCCAAGAUCUCGGAGCUCAAGGUAGUGACUGGAGAGUGGUUUCUAGAGGAGCGGUCCAGGCGCUUUGAGGAGAAAGCCCUGAGCAGUGACGUAAUUAAGCAGUCCAUCCUGAGCACCCCACCAACUGCAGAAAAUAAGUCUACAGAGAACCUGUCAGCGUCCUCUGAGCCAGAGAAACCCGACACUCCAAAAUCCAACAGAAAUGCAGUGCGCAACAUCAUGGAUGGUGCCAGAAAGAAGGGACGCAUGAAGAUGGGAAAGAAAGGCAGCCGUGCCACCCUGAAACCAGGGAAUGGAGUCGACAGUGCCAGCAUGAAGUCUUCGUCGGAUGGAGAAACUCAAAGUGUUCGUUCUGCUCAGAGUCACCAUUCAAACAGGAGUGUUUCAGUGGCUUUAGAGUCCUCCGGUUUGUCCACCGUUCCUAACAAUCUCCGUUCUCAAACUCUCGAUAAAUCCCCCAACCCCAGCAACAACCGGAGGGUCAGGCCCGACGGAGCAGAAAGUGUCUCCAGUGUGCACACCAGUGAGGGCCUGCCUGAGAAGGAGGCGACGGGACAUCACCGCACAAACUUGGACACACCAACCAUCUGCGUGUCCCGCGCCUCUGUGUCAUCAGAUCACAGCCGCUCAGAAAUGGACCUGUCAGCUCCGGGAUCUGAACACAGCGAUGAUGCCCUCAGCCUCAGAAGCCGCUCAGUCCCCGGGUUCAACGAAGCGGAGUUUUCUGAUGAUGAUGCAGAGGAAGACAUCGACGCCCUGAUGUCGGCACACAGCCUGAGUAGAGGGGGACGCCUCAGCAACACAGCAUCAACGUCCUCCACUCCCUGCACAGAGAGAAGGUGGGGGUACCUUAAUGUCCCCGACUCGGAUGCUGAGACUAGCAGCCUUAACAGCAUGAUGAGCAUGUACAGCGAGACCGGUGAUUACGGUAAUACCAGGGUGACCGGCGAGAUUCUCCUGAACAUCAGCUACAGCUACAAAACAGGCGCCCUCAACGUCCUGGUGAAAAAGUGUUACAACCUGGCAACGGGAGACGAGAGGAGGCAGCGCACAGAUGCGUAUGUUAAGACUUACCUGCUUCCUGACACGUCACGCCAGAGCAAGAGGAAAACCAGCAUCAGACCUAACUCCAUUAACCCCGUUUUCAAUGAGAACCUGAGAUACGUGAUCAGCCACUCGCAGCUGGAGACUCGAACCCUGCAGGUGUCUGUGUGGCACCACGACCGUUUUGGAUACAACAGCUUCCUGGGGGAAGUGGAGCUGACCUUUGAUUCCUGGGAGUUUGACUCUCAGAUAGAGGAGUGGUAUGCUCUGCAGCCCAGGGUAGAGAGCAACAUCGACUCCACGAUGCAGUACAAAGGAGAGCUGACUGUUGUGUUGAAGUACAUACCUGCAGAGAAUAACCUCAUGCUGCCUCUGGACCAGGGUCAAGUGAAGAAGAGCUUCCUCAAAGGCAAAAAGACCAGCAGCUUCACACUGCCUAAAGGGGGCAUGGUCGAGUUGUUGGUCAAAGGGGCCAAAAAUCUUACUGCCAUCAAGUCUGGAGGCACUUCGGAUCCUUUUGUGAAAGGAUACCUCCUUCCAGACAAUAACAAGUCAACCAAGCACAAGACAGCGGUGGUGCGACGCACCGUGAACCCACAGUGGAACCACACCUUCACUUACUGUGGCCUGCAGGAUGGAGACCUCAACAACAUCUGCCUUGAGCUGACUGUGUGGGACAAAGAAGCUUUGUCCAGCAAUGUCUUCCUAGGAGGAGUCAGGCUGGGAGCUGGGACAGGAAAAAGCUAUGGGAAUGAGGUGGAUUGGAUGGACUCCUAUGGGGAAGAGCAGCAGGUUUGGCAACGCAUGAUUGAAAAUCCAGAGGUUCCUCAGGAGUGUACUCUGAUGCUGCGGUCGAGCAUGCGCAAGCGUAACACGUGAACUUAGGCCGAAGCACAACUGAAGAUUGAAUUACAGGGAGGGAAAGAAGCGAAGGAAGUGGUCUGACAUUGUGGGGAGAGAGCUGGAGAGGGAGAUCGGUCAAGAAAAACAGCAAGCAUUGACUUAAAUGAGACCGUCCCUCUCUGUACUUUCUUGUUCAGAUCUCAUCUCCUGUCCACCACAGCCAGUCAUGCCUUACUCACUCACCCACAUGUGCCCCUCUUUCUUCCCAAAGCUUCUGUCUUGACCAAGCACUGCUGCCGUUUGCUGCUGUUCUUAGGAAACCCUUGUUAUAUUUAACUUACUGUAACUUCUAGACAAGCACAUGGUGACCCCUGAUGUCUGUCCUCGUCUCGUCUGUGGGCCGUUUCUGCAUGUAGUAACAGCUAAUUGAAACAAUUAAAGAUGUAUUAGAUGAGGCAUUGGUCAAUAAUAUAUGUAAACAUUCCCUUUAUAAGCAACUAAGCCUAGUUACUUAUAUUCAUAUCAAUAAAUAUAUCUUAUUGCAAGUAUUGUAUAUUGAGGGGGAAAGCAGCUAGGCCUUUUAUAAGGGGACACAUGAUACCCAUGCAGCCUCCUUCCUAAGUUUAUUAUCUUUUUGGACAGUGGGGGAAAUUGGAGUGCCUAUAAAACCUAAGUAGACUUGUGAAGAACAUAAACACUUUUUACCCAUGCAAACUAGAGACCAAAAGGAGGUCAAUAUUGCAUAUUUAUGUCCUACACUUUCUGAAGGGGUGGCAUAAAGGUUUCUGUAAGUUUAUGGAAAAGUAUUUUAGAAAAUAUCCUUUUUAAUUUCUAAUUUGAUUUGAAUUAAUGUGGUACAAAAUGAUCAAGAAUGUAAAAGGAAAUGCCAAUGUAAAAUAUUAGAUGUACUGUUUAAAAUGUAGAUGCAAAUGGCCAAGUGAAGAUCGGUAAGCAGCUGCACCUGUCCACGUAUAACAGUAAAAAGCCGAUAAAUUUUUGAUUUACUUAAAGUAUUAUAAAACAACAUUUAAUUGUGCAGUACCAGCAAUUCAAUGCACCCUUUUUGAUCUAUUUAUUUUUGUUCAUAAAUAUAUAUUUAUGUAUUUUCCUGAGAAUUUAAACUAUAGAUUACACAAAUUCCUGGAAACAUGUGGUUCUCCCUAGAAUCCGGUCUGCAGUUUUUUUAACUAAAUAUAAUAUUACUGAUAUAAACAUUACUAAUAUGAUUCUCCUCUGUGGUCAAAAAUGUUGCUUGUCCAGUAAAACAGGCAACAGCCCUAAAAACAGAUUUUUUUUCAAGCUAAUUUGCAAAAGUUAGGUUGUGGACAAAUAUGGGCUUACAAAAGAAAGCUUGGUUUCUUUUUGUUUAAGGCAUGUCAACGGCUCUUGGUUUCAAACCCCUUUAACAAAUUCUUGAUCUCUUCAGGAUGAAUCCCUGCUGACAAUUCCUUAUUUUCUUAUGAUUGUAUAUCCACAGUUUGACACAUAUAUGCUAUUUUUGCAAUUAUUUCAUUUGUGGCUGCACGGUUGCACCAUUGGUAGCACCGUUGCCUCGCAGCAACAAGGUCUUGGGUUCAAAAUGACUGUUAAUUUGUUCUCUCUAAAUUGUCCUUAUGUAUGAAUGUGUAUGUGUGCAUGAUUGUCCAACCUUUUCCAUGACCCAAGGUUCAUAAAAUCCAGCCGUUAGGCGUGCAGACUGCUUCUAGGAACAUUUUUGAAACAAUGGGUCCCUCUCAGGAGCUCAGUGAAUCCCAGCAGGGUACCAUAAGACGCUGAUUGAGCAGUAAGUUCAGUGCUGAAAUUUCCCCACUACUAAAUAUUCUACUGUUAACUGUUAGGGGUAAUUUAAGACAGUUUUAGUAAUCUGGCAAUACAGACAACUUUGUGUUUAACAUUUGUCCCCAGAACGUUACUCACCUGACUGCAUUGUGACAAGUUUGGUGAAAAGGGGAUUAUAGUUUGAGAUUUUUAGAUGUGAGGCUCAACUUCUUAGUUCCAGUGAAAGGAAUUCUCUAUGCUUCAACAGACAGACAUUUUGAACAAUUUCAUGCUCACAAUUUGUGGUAACAGUUUGAGGAUGACCCCUUCCUGUUGCAACAUGGUUUCACACCAGUGCACAAAACCAAAGUUCAUAAAGACAUGGAUGAGUGGGUUUGGUGUGAAAGUAAUUGUCUGACCUGCAAAGGCUCUUGCCCUCCACCCCAUAGAACAGCUUUGGGAUUUAGAGCAGAAACUGUGAGCCAGGCCUUCACGUCUGACCUCACAAGGUUUAUAUAGUUGCAAAUUGUGGCUCAACAUCAAAUUAAACCCUAAAUAUUGAGAAGGUUCAUGUGUAUAUGAAGAAUGACGGACAAAUACUUUUGACACUAUAGCAUAGCUUAUGUGGUGUUCCUCUAAUUUGUUUAGCUAGCGAAAAAGCAACUUUAACUUUGUAUUUUAAGCUAAUCAGCAAAGGUAAGCAUGUGUACAAUUUUAGCACGCUAAAUAGUAUAAUAACAUUGUAAACUUUAAGUAUUUGCAAGGAUAUGCUAGCUAAACCUAUGAGAAAGAAACACCAGAUCUAAAAUUAGAGUAAAUACACUGUAAAACCAUAGAGAGUGAUUUUAAUUUAUUCCGUUGCCAUGACUUCCAUUCAUUUAUUUGCCCUUCUUGAUCAUCAGGAAGUGCUCAGUGUUGUAAAUAAUAGUGUAAACACAAUCAGUGACAACAAUAGACAUACUGUGGAAUAACUUGACAUUACUCCUAUUCUUAAAUAAAUUUUAUUGCAUCAGUUGCUGGUUUAUUUUUUUGCUGAAUACCUUUGAUCAGUGGAUCAAGGCUCAGUCCUUUUAUAAAUGGCUAUGUCAGGAAAUACAUGGAGUUUAGCUGCUUUUCCUCUAAAGAAAAUAUAUCAAAUGUGGCACAAGUCUUGUCUGAUUAAAAACAUUUAGACUAGCUUCUAUGUAAAGUUACAUAACACUGUAUCAGUGUGUUCAUAUGAAUUACAUAUUAGUGUACAAGAAGUAAAAUGGUUACACAAAGCACUGAUGCUGACAUCACUUUAUACCUAGAGGAGAAAGUGUGAUCUGCAGAGUGUUGUCAGGAACCCUGAGCCGGGUCCGUGUGUUAUAGAGUGAGUCAGCACCAAUGUAAGCUACCAUCAUCUCAGGGAGGGGGGAGGCCAAUAAUGAUCCACUUGAUAGUCAGAUGGUGACCUUGUCAUUGUGGCCCAGGAAGCUGUGAUCAUUCGUCCUGUGAUGAAUCCUGCAGUUCACUGAAACAUUUCCAAAUAUAAAACCUUCAUAGAGACAAUGUUUCAUGUGGAAUGCUUGUUAUAUUCCCUAGGUUUCUGUAAACCGUCCGCUGUAAACUCCCAGUUACAGAUAUAAAGUAAUAAUUAUAAUUCCUGUACCAUUUAGCAUGACCGAGAAGCUCAUGCAAAGUCUUAAUACAGAGGAAACUCUUUCUGUACUGCAUGUACCAUCUCUGUUGUGUCUGGUUUUGACCUUCAAACUCACUUUUUAAGCUUAUUUUUUUCCCCAAAUGUGCUACAAGAAUAUUUUGAGAUAGAUGCAUCUUUCCAUAAACUGUAUAAUGAUUUUAUUGUUUUUGGAGAAUAUUACUGAUUAAACAAUUUCUGUUUGA